AUGAGGCAGUGCCUCAAUUUGGAAGAUAAAGAGCCCAGAGUCGCCUUCCUUGAUACACCUUCAAGAGACAGUGCAAUGGAGCAAUUGGCCACCUCGUGUCGCGACGCCAGGUCCUAUCCACAGAACUUGAUCCGCCCCAAUACGUACGAAUACAACUUGACCGCGUACUACCAGCGGCUGAAUGAACGAGAAGAUAGUCUGUUUCAGAACGACGCUGAGGCGGCAUUGGAUCUCUGGGAGCUCGAUGCACAGGCCACGGCAUUCUGGCCUUCACGUAUAGGCUAUGUAGACGAGCUGAGAAAGCACCUUCGGGUUGGAUGUCCUCCCGAACGCGAAGAUCCGCGGUGCAGAUAUGUGUUUGUGCACGCACCACAUUCGCGGGCAAGCUUGAAAGUAACUCGGGAUAUGCUCACUCUGGUGUUUACAUAUCACCAGGUUCUGCCACAGUUCUUAGACUUUUUGUUCCCUUUUGGUAAUCAGCAAUACGCCGAAGGGUUUCACUUCAGCGGCUUCAAAUACGAAAAUCGAUUUUCGGAGGUUGACAGUGGGUUGAAGAUACCUGACCUCGGAUGGUCGGGGCGCAACUUUCAAUUUUGCUAUAAUCUGAAAUCGAUAGAGCGGUCGAGAGGCCAACCGGAGUGGCCAUGGUCUAUCCGCCAAUCGGCUUUGUAUCACUCAUUCGACGUUGAGAAUGGCCGGACGAACUGGAUAGUGAUAAAAGGAGAUCAAUUAUUGAAGAAGCGGAUCAAAUUAGCAACUGGAUCUCGGGGUCUUCCAGAAACCUCGUGCUUUGAUACAGUCGACCGUGCGUUUGCAUCAUCCCUCGCUGUCCAUAUUAUUAUGUGCGAAUGGUCUGGAGAGAAUUGGCGUUGGUUCAUCAACUUCCUAGAGGAAGCACUUCAGACUACAACCCGUCCAACGCUGUCGGCAAUGGUUGACCCUUUUCCCAGCUCGAUGGCUAAUGAGGAGCCACUCGGACACUCCAUGCUGGCACAGUGUGCAAAAUCUUGUACCGAUAUUACUUUAGCUGACCCAGUCUUACGAGGACCGCCUGCACAAGCGUACCAUCUAAAAGGUCGAUCAACUUCGAAUUGCAAGACAAUGUCGGAUAUGGACCUAGCAUCGCAGGAGUUGGACACUCUCCAACCACAAGUCACAACUAGCCACCCAGAUUUCUCUUUUAGUGAUUUGCAGAGAAUACAAUUCAUUCAGGAGAAGGUCAACGAGACUCUGUUGGUACUUAAAGUCAACGUCGAUGUCCUUACAGAGCUGAGACAAUAUUACCACUCCAUUUGCGAAUCUGAUGGAUGGCCGCGCGACCUAAUUUUAAAGUGCAAAGGGGACAUUUUCCGGUUUGAGACACGCGUUGUAGCUGUGGAGAAAGAUCUUCGAAUGCAACAAUCAAGAACUGAAACACUGCUACGCCUGCUCGCUGACAGGAAGAGCCUGCUAUAUGGCAUCUUAGAGUAUCGAAAUAUGGAAGCUAGCAAAACACUCGCUCGAAGAGCCAAUCAAAACAUGGAAGCUAGUAAGAUCCUUGCAGGCAAAGCUCAUGAAUCUACGCGCAAUAUGGAAGUUAUUACACGCGAGAUGCAUGUAAUUGCACAGAAAACAAAACAAGAAACGGUCUCGAUGAGAAUAAUUACUCUCGUUACCUUGUUCUUCCUCCCAGGCACCUAUAUAUCGACACUCAUGAGCACCGAUAUAUUUAAAGCAACAAAUACAGGCCAAUUCGGUAACACUGUCCAGCUAGGAGCUCUAAGACUGUACAUUGCGAUCAGCUUGCCCCUUGUAGUGGUCACCAUGUUGGCCUGGUACGGCGUCUAUUGGUGGGAAACCCGGAAAGAAAAGCUGCGUAUGCAGAGAACCGCACUCAAGUCGCAUGUCUAG